AUGGGAGCAGAUGAAAAGAGAUGUGUUUUUCAGGUUGAUGUGAAAGGUGGUUGGGGACUGGACCAGAGCCUUAAGUUCAGCUCCAGAGUCAUAAAAAGGGCGGACGCAAUUUCUAUAGCGACGAGAGGAGGGUGUGGCUUCCCAGCUACACUCCGGGUUUCGGGUCUGCACCAGCCUCCUGUAGCUCUUCCCAUCUCCGACCCCCACCAAGCAAAGACUAGAAUGGAUGCUAAAAAGCCAAAGAAAUGCAGUGUCACAUCCUUCCCGAUAUUGAAAACAAAAAAGAAUCAAAACACUCUCACUUUUGUGAAGGUUGGGGAACCUUUGGUUCAAGUUGAGAAGCCACCUACUAAGACCAAGAACCUCAGCAUGACCCGAUUAUUGGAUAAGAGUGCAAACACCAACAUUACUUCACGCCCUUUUGUGGAUACCAAGGGGAAGAAAAACAUGGUUAAUUUCCCAUGCAUCAGCCACAAAAUCCUGCUAAAAUCACCUCUGCUGUAUAAAGAGACUCAAACUCACAGUCAGAAGUCGGCCUCUGAGGACAAGGCUUUGGGAAUGCCUUUCCUUUCGAGCAUUAAUACCCAAGAGAAACCACAGAGCAAGCACAAGGUGCCUCUGACAGCGGCAGAGGCCCUAAGGUGUUUCAGGAACCAGCUGUCUUCUUAUGAGCAAAGUGAAAUCCUGGGCUAUGCAGAGCUGUGGUUCCUGGGGCUUGAAGCCAAGAAGUUCCACGUUGCUUCUGAAAAGUUCAGCAAGACAAGUUUUGAUGAUGAACAUGGCUCCUAUAAGAAGGUCCUGCAUGACCACAUUGCCUACCGCUACGAGGUUCUGGAGAUGAUUGGGAAAGGGUCCUUUGGACAAGUGGCCAAGUGCUUGGAUCACAAAAACAAUGAGUUGGUGGCCUUGAAAAUCAUCAGGAACAAGAAGAGAUUUCAUCGUCAGGCCCUGGUGGAGCUGAAGAUCCUGGAAGCUCUCAGAAGGAAGGACAAGAACAACACCUACAAUGUGGUACACAUGAAGGACUUUUUCUACUUCCGAAAUCACCUCUGCAUCACCUUUGAACUGCUGGGAAUCAACUUGUAUGAGUUAAUGAAGAAUAAUAGCUUUCAAGGCUUCAGUCUGUCAGUAGUUCGGCGCUUUACCCAUUCUGUUCUGAAGUGUUUGCAAAUGCUUUAUGUAGAGAAAAUCAUUCACUGUGACCUCAAGCCUGAAAAUAUAGUGUUAAACCAAAAGGGUCAAGUCUCUGUUAAAGUUAUUGACUUUGGAUCAAGCUGUUAUGAGCAUGAGAAAAUGUACACAUACAUCCAAAGCCGGUUCUACCGAUCCCCAGAAGUGAUUCUGGGCCACCCCUACAAUAUGGCCAUUGACAUGUGGAGCCUGGGCUGUAUCCUGGCAGAGCUGUACAUGGGCUAUCCUCUGUUCCCUGGGGAGAAUGAAGUGGAGCAGCUGGCCUGCAUCAUGGAGGUGCUGGGCCUGCCACCAACCCGCUUCAUCCAGACAGCCUCCAGGAGACAGACAUUCUUUGAUUCCAAAGGUUUUCCUAAAAAUAUAACCAACAAUAGGGGGAAAAAAAGAUACCCGGAUUCCAAGGAUCUCACGAUGGUGCUGAAAACCUAUGACUCCGGCUUCCUGGACUUUCUCAGAAGGUGUCUGGUAUGGGAACCUUCUCUUCGCAUGACCCCUGACCAGGCCCUCAAGCAUGCUUGGAUACUUGAUGCUCGGAACUUCAAACCACGGCCCCGGCCCCAGACCCUGAGGAAAUUCAAUAUCUGUUUCCCUUCUGAGGCAAGAAAGGACAAGGUUCAAAGGCAUCACCACUUGGGUAAAAAAGCAGAUGUGGUCAUCAAAGAAGAGACUAAAGACAAAAUAAAAGAUGGCACCUCUAAGGCUCAGAAUUCAGGUGAUCAGCAGGGCACUCUCCAGCACACAGCUGAGCUUGUCCAACUGCCUCAUAUAGCAAGAGUGUCCAGUAAACCAGAGGCAGUUGUCAGGCCAGAGGAGUCCAAGACCUCCGCAGAGCAGCAAAGCAAAAACUCCUCCCCCAAGAACACAAGCAUCUUACCACCUAUUGUAUGA